ACACACACACACACACACACACACACACACACACACACACCAUUCUCAUUUGUUUUUUCUUCUCAUUGCUGUCCCAGGACCCACUGCCACCUCUGGCUUACUCUCCAACUUCCCCAAGAUACUCCUGAAACUUCUGCUUUCUUAUUAUGUACUCCAUUAUACUCCCUUUUCCCACACUUAAAAGUUCUUUCUCUUCCAUGACCUCCUUUCUCAUUCCAUGACCUCAGAUAAUAAGUAAAUAGACACACAUACAAUUUUAAAAUAUAGUUCUUUAUUUGGGAGAAAAACAGAAUGCACUUGUGAUUCUGAUUCUGGCUUAUUUUUGCUUAACACAAGCUUCCCCUUUUCUAUAUGCCAAAAAUAAACUUGCUGAGAAAGAAAUUGGUGUGUUGCGGGGAAUCCCAUUCACAAGAGCAAAAGUAAUACCUUGGAAUAAAUCUAACCAAGAAGGCAAAAGAUUUUCACAGUGGAAACUUUAAGAUGCUGAAGGAAGAAUUAAAGAAAACACUAGAAGAUUGAAAGCCCUCCCAAGCUUAUGAAUUGGCAGGAUUAAUGUGGAAAAAUAGCCAUAGUACCAAACAACAUCUGACUACAUAAUUUUGUGCUUGUCUUGAAUGUCCUUGUGUUCCCAGCAAAUUCAAAAGGUUAUCGAUGGGUGAGCUGAUGCAAUCCUGAAGGUUUUGCCCAUGCAGGUAGGUUGACGGUUCUCCUCCUUCAGUGUUUAAUGUUGUUUCACAGCUUUGUGUUUUGACAUCUUUAUUGUGUCACAGGGAAGCUCUUUUCUGGUGAGGCUCAUUUGGAUCUCUAAAUGUCUCUUGUGUUUGUCUUUUCCUACAUUUUGGACUUUUUCUGUUAUAGUUUUAUUGAACAGAUUCUCUCUAUGCCUUUAGUACUUACUGUGUGUGCGUGUGUGCGUGCGUGCGUGCGUGCGUGUGUACAUAUAGCCCCUUUCUUCUAUCUCAUGGAUUCUUAGGCUUGGUCUCUUGAUUGUAUCCCAGAAUUCCUGGAAAUUGCAAUCUUGCUCUUUUUUUUUCCUUUUUGAUGUUCAAAUUUAGUAUUCCAUCAGUCGUUUUCUCUAUCCCAGAUAUUCUUUCUUCUGCUUGGUCAAUUUUUUUGGUGACAAUUUAAGUGGUUUUUAAAAAUUCAUUUGGCUUUUUUCAUAUCAGCAUUUCUAUUUUUCUGUCCAAAAAAAAAUCUCAAUUUCAUUUCUGACUUUUUCUUUCAUUGCUGACUUUUUCAUCAAUAUUGCUGGUUGUCUCAUCUAUUUUGCUGACUUUUUUCUUUAUGGUAAUGACUUUCUUCUUGGGCCUGGGUUGAAUCCAUCCACUUAUUUGUAUGCUGUUUGAGACCACUGAGGAUUUUUACUAGAAAACUUUAAAAAUCUCCAUCUGGUGUUUUACCUAUUUUGGCAUCUAUCAGUUCAGUAUUUGAGUAGUGACCUCCUCGUGGAGAAAUUUUCUAUAGCCCCUCAUUGUCAUGUUUCUUAUGUGUCUGGGUUAUGAUCUGCUGGUUUGGCCAUCUCUUCCAACUGUGUGUGUGUGUGUGUGUGUGUGUGUGUGUGUGUGUGUGUGUGUGUGUGUGUGUGUGUUUGUGUGUCUUAUUGAGCAACCCAGAAGGCUUAAUUCUCAAUGCUGUUUGAGGAGAAAACAAACUCCUACCACAGUAACCAUGCCAUCAAUACACUCAACAUCAUUCACAGAUCACGAACACAUUGCCAGUGACCGUGGAACCCAAACGGCGAAGCCGCUGCAGAAGGUACUCUGGAGUUACAUUAUUUCGGGCCAGUGUGGAAAUCAUAAAUGCACCAGAUGACGUGCUGGAUAGUGGAAGGGGAGACACAGAGCAGAAGGGGGUUUAAAUAAAGGAAGGAGAGAAAAGAAGAGUGGGGGAGAAGGCUGUGGGGAGGAAAACGAAAGAGCAGAAUGUUAGAAUACAAGGCCUUUCCAAUCACGAAAAAAGUUCAAAUACAAACUCAGAUAAACAAAAGGAAGAGGAUAAAAAAGGAAACCACAAAUAUUUAAAAAAAUAAGGUAAAGUCAAAACACUACUCUUUGUAAAGGAAGGAGAGGGAGGAAAUGAGGGAGGCAAAGACAAGCCAAGGCGGCGGGGGUGGGGACAACAGUAUUACCCAAUAAUGAAAAAAAUGUGUAUCAUAGUUAGAUGAGUGCAUAAAGAAGACUAACCAAGAAAAACACAGAAAUUACAAAGUACAAAAACAUGAAAAUACUGCUUAAAGUGUCAUAAAGAAGGUCAGAGUAACAGUGAAGGACACAGGGCAGAUGCUGGAGCUGCUUCUGAGUCCUUGAAAGUUGGAGACGUACAGUGAACUUGUGGGCACUUGUUCGCCCCACGGUUCAUGCUGUCACUGAGUCUGCACUGGACACUGAUGUCUGUCAGAGCGCUCUCUUCUUUAGAAGUUUCCCUUUGCGAUGCAGGGGUCUCUCCUGCCACACUUUACCCUUUAGGAACUGGGCACACUCUCUUCAGACUCCCCGGAUUAGAUACCCUGGGGUGGUUCAUGUUUUAGCUUCGAUAUCCCCUACGUGUGUCAGGAAUGUGGGAAGCCACAGCGGCACUGGGUCCGCCCAGGUGUCUGCACUUUCAAGACCUUCUGAGCGUCAAUCAUCCUGUUGGAAGGGUGCCGGCCUCUGUGUGUUUCACGUACAUCCCUGGACCUUCACAAAAGAUGGACAGAUGGCUCCACAUGUUAAUCUACCUGUUUGUCUCAGGGUCAGAGCUAUCAAAAGCUAAGUGAUUCUUGGAUGAUGAGGCCUGCCCCAAGUCUCUUCCCCUGGGCACUUCCCAGCUUGAGCAGAGUCUCCUACUGUGUGUCUUUUGGGGCCAUCUAGUCUUUCUGCUUUCACAACUGCUGGUCUAGGCCUUUUCUCACCCAAGGACUGUGGCGGAACCAACUGAGGCUCCCUGGCCUGUGGUCAUUCCCUGAUCUUAUAUUACAUCCCCAGGGUAGCUCAGUGUGUGUGUGUGUGUGUGUAUACAUGUAUGUGUGUAUGUGAAUGUGUGUAUAUAUGUUUAUGUUAAUGUGUGUGUUAUGUGCACAUGCAGAGGCAAAGACUGACUUCAUUUUUCAUUCUCUGUUCUCUCACCGAACCUAAGGCUCUCUGUUCGGGCUAGAUUAGCCUCUGGUCCACUAUCGUACUCGGGAUGAGGUGAACACUUUUAUUCUUCUGCACUUUGGGGCUCAUCAGAUUGAGGGAGCAAAGACUGAAGUGAAAUCGAACUGAACCUGAAUUAUAGCGAGAAAUGAAGAUUCUAAAUGCCCAUGAUCUGCCCCUGGAGUGUUCUCUGCCUCGUAGCCAUGUUCAGCCAGUGCUCAUCCGUGUAACUGAAUCUCAUGCUUAGAUUUCUGUAUCUUCCGUAAGAUGAAUGAGAGGUAAUAGAAUGGAAUUGAGUGCUCAGUGUAUGUGUGAUGAUUGGGGUCAGUUUGGCUCCUUCUGGAGAUGGUAGUGUGGAGUAGUGAUGGCCCUUCAGCCUUUGCUUUUCUCUGGUGACUGAGGUGAGAACAAGCACUCUCACAGAACUGCCAGCCUUCACGCCACCCUUAAACACUAGCUUAUUCUGACACUUCGAUAAGCGUUUUACUGGUGUCAGCUUUAUGAUGGACUGUUUGACAUCAAACCCUGCAAUUAAGCUUUGCUUUUUACAGUCAAAUAACAAGGGUUCAGUUUGGCUUCAUUUUGCUGUUUUAUUGGUUUUGAGUUAGUCCACAGCAAUGAGCAACUGCCACCCUCAUCCACCCAAUGUUGAUUGACUGUGGUUUUUGGCUUGGAGAGAUAUUGUGGUGCUUUUCCUGGGGCAGGAACAAACGUUCGUUCACUCCAGAUAGGGCACCAAUGACACAGCAAACAAACGGUUCCACCCAAGUUGAGUUUGGUGAGCCAAUGAGUUUACUAGAUUUACUUAAGGGAUCCUGGAUGAGGGGUUACUUACAGGAGCCCGAUGAAGGGUUCCAGGAGCCUAUGUGGCCCCCCAAAAGCUGCAUUGUCAAAAACUCCCACUCCACAAUGGUAAUAGUCUCCUGAAAGCUACAUAAAUGCAAUCCCCUUCAGUUAACCUUUACUUGCUAUAUAUUCAAACACCUCCUGAGUUGGGGGAGGCUGCGGGAGGGAGGGAGUGGUUGGGAUCUCUGGUGAGGGUCUAAUGACUCUCCCUGUCUCCCCCUUCUGAGAGAACAUCCACAGGACUGAUCUUGUGAAGGUCUCAUGGAUGUAACCACACAUGCCCCGUGAGGAUAGUUCUAGCCACAUUAUGCCUGGAGGGAACGGGCCACACAGGAGAAUUGCUUUUUCUAUUAGCAAAAUGUUGGAGAAUAUAAACUUUCACUAGAAGCAGAAUAAUCCUUUUUUAAAGAAAUAAUAAAAAAUACAAAUGAAGGCAAAGACUGCCAUUUCAUAAAAUCAAUGGAUUUAGCUUGCCUUCCUUUCCUCCUUCCUUCCUUCCUUCCUUCCCUCCUUCCUUCCUUUCCUCCUUCCUUCCUUCCUUCCCUCCUUCCUUCCUUCCUUCCUUCCCUCCUUCCUUCCUUCCUUCCUUCCUUCCCUCCUUCCUUCCUUCCCUCCUUCCUUCCUUCCUUCCCUCCCUCCUUCCUUCCUUCCUUCCCUCCUUCCUUCCUUCCCUCCUUCCUUCCUUCCCUCCUUCCUUCCCUCCUUCCUUCCUUUCCUCCUUCCUUCCUUCCCUCCUUCCUUCCUUCCUUCCCUCCUUCCUUCCUUUCCUCCUUCCUUCCUUCCUUCCCUCCCUCCUUCCUUCCUUCCUUCCUUCCUUCCUUCCCUCCUUCCUUCCUUCCCUCCUUCCUUCCUUCCUUCCCUCCCUCCUUCCUUCCUUCCUUCCUUCCUUCCCUCCUUCCUUCCUUCCCUCCUUCCUUCCUUCCUUCCCUCCCUCCUUCCUUCCUUCCUUCCCUCCUUCCUUCCUUCCCUCCUUCCUUCCUUCCCUCCUUCCUUCCUUCCUUCCCUCCUUCCUUCCUUUCCUCCUUCCUUCCUUCCCUCCUUCCUUCCCUCCUUCCUUCCUUCCUUCCCUCCUUCCUUCCUUCCUUCCUUCCUUCCUUCCUUCCUUCCUUCCCUCCCUCCCUCCUUCCUUCCUUCCUUCCUUCCUUCCUUCCCUCCCUCCCUCCCUCCUUCCUUCCUUCCUUCCUUCCUUCCUUCCCUCCUUCCCUCCUUCCUUCCUUCCUUCCCUCCUUCCUUCCCUCCUUCCCUCCUUCCUUCCUUCCCUCCUUCCUUCCUUCCUUCCUUCCCUCCUUCCUUCCUUCCUUCCCUCCUUCCUUCCUUCCUUCCUUCCCUCCUUCCUUCCUUUCUUCCUCCCUUCGUCCUCCUCUGUUUUCUUCAUCCUCCUUUCCUCCAUUCCUCCCCUCAGUUUGUUUUUUCUUCCUUUUCUUUAAGAGUUAUGGAACAGUUCUAAGUGUCAAAACCCAGCAUACACCCCUCUCCUAAGUUGUGUGCACAUUGUAAAAAUGGUCCCGAGGCUGUUUGAUGCUUGCUUUUGAUUUCCUUAUUCUCUCCCCGUUCCUGCAGUGUCUAGUUGACAGUUAUUGCAGCCUUUGCCACCUUCCCUGCCCAUAAUAUCAUAAACACUUCUUUUCUCCCUGCAAGGCAGCACUUAGUUUACCUCUGUCCUGAUUGUUUUCAGGCUUUCAGUAGGCUGUGGGUGCCUUUAUACACAACGCUUAAUCCUCUUUUAGAAAGGGAGAUGAUGGGUUAAGAACUAGUGGACUCCCUUAAAAUUGAGACUCCUAAAAGCCACUGAGCAGCAGCAGCAGCAGCAGCAGCCGUUACCACCGUCACUCCCUUAUUUAUCAUUGCAGACGGCUAGUAUUGACCUUUUAUGGUCUGAAUGUUUGUGUCCCUCCAAGCUUGGCAAGUUGAACCAUAAUCUGAAGGUGACAGUAUUAUGAUGUGUUGCCUUUUGGGACAUGGUUGGUCAUGACAUCAGGGUUCAGGAAGGGAAUCUGUAUCCUUAUGAAAGGAGUGGUCCCCAGCUCCAUCUUGUUACUGUGCACCUUCAUCCAAAAUGUUGAAGAAGAGUCUUAUAGCCUUCAGGUUUAAGUUCAUGUGAGGACCUAGAGAGGAUGGCCAUAUAUGAGUCAGAAAGAAGGCUUUCAGCAGGCAUCAACCUGACUUGGACUCUGGAGUGCUUAGCCUCUAGACUCAUGUGAAUCACCUAGCCUAAGGUUCUGUGCUAGGAACCUGACUGACAGAGACAUGUAUGUGGCUGUAAACAUUACCACUGUGACCAACCACCUUCUUUUUUCUCUUUAAUUGCUUCUUGGGAAGAGGAAACUUUGCUAAUGGAGGUCAACUCUUCGAACAGCAAUGUUGCACUCAACAAACAUGGAAAGAAUGAGAAAAAGCACAGUAUAUGUCUUAACUCCUUAACUCAAGCUUGUCAACCCAACGUAAUCAUCAUUACUAGAUGCUAAAGUAAUUAUGAGUUUCACAGGGUGCUUUUAACAACAGAUUACUUCCUAGCCAUGAGAGGAGAGGGUAUCUACAUAACAGGGAAGUCAGGCUGCUGCCACCUAUUGAUAGAUCCACUUGGCAUCUCUGAAAUGGGUCCAUCUUGCUAACGUGUGUCUUCUGGAGUGAAGUACAUUUAUCCAAAAAUUCGAACUGGAAUCUGACAGCUUUCAGAUUUAAUUUCUGUUUUACUGGAAGUUUAGAAGGUAAAGGAAAACAUUACAUAACACUAUGAUAAAGGAAUAAGAAAAACCCAGGAUGUGGGAUAUUCUGAAGAACAAUCCCCUCGCGUGAGGAAAUCUCUGGAGGUAAGGGGUAUACUUAUAAUAAGUAUGUGGUGAUGGGUCAUUCAUAGUGUCGACUUAUGCCCCAAUUCAUCCACUUGUAUGUAUCAAGUAUGGACAGAUUUGUAUAUAUAAAUUAUAAUUCAAUAAAGCUGUUAAAAUAGAUGCUUGAGAUAUUAUAUCCAGUUACUGGAAUAAGGCCUGCUAUGUACUUGAAAAAGAUGUUGUGGAGAAAGUUGGAAAAAGCUAAAUAUUAUAAGUAAGCAAAUAAAUAAAUAAAUAAAUAAAUGUGUGUGUGUGUGUGUGUGUGUGUGUAUGUGUGUGUUAUCACAUACAAUUCUUUUAUGCUAUAUUUUGAUCAUGCUUUCUCCUCCUCCAGUUUCUCCUAGAUCCUCCCCACCUCCCUGCCCACCUAAUUUUAUGUUCUCUCUCUAAAAUCAAAUAAACAACAACAACAACAACAACAAAACCCAUAUCUUAAGGAACCUUGAGUGUGUUAGUCAGGAACUGUCCAUCUAGCAUUGCACCUGAUCUUAAACAAAAUUUGCUUGUGAUUGUCCCCAGUGGGUGCCUGUGCGUGCAGCUGUUUCCGUAUGUCCCUCUGCCUCCCCCACCCUGGUGUUUUGGUUAAUGAUUACUGACAAGCAAUGGUUUGCAGAGCAAUUUGGAGGAGUACUGCUGUGGCUUCCAUGGCUUUAUUGUAUCCUUUGUGUAAUAUUGUCUUCUGAAAUCCUUCCUUCCUGGUGCUCUGAAAGCUGACAGCCCUCAGGGUGCCAUGACAGUGCUAGAUGUCAUGGAGAAGCUGGGAGUGUGAUGUCUCUUCUGCUCUCUGCUGUUUUAUUGUAUUUUAAUGGAGCAGCACACUUCUUGAACCCAUGGUUCACAGAAGUAUAUUGUAUGCACUAACUAUAUUUGAGAUCCAACUCAGACAGCUAGACUUCCUUAUUGCAUUCAAGGCAGUCAUUCAAUCACAGAAUUUAGAGUUAGAAUGGGUAGCAAAAAAGUCACCUACUUUAAUUGGGUAAUAUGAUACUAUUGGUAUCAUUGGUAGCCAUGAUUUUCAAACUUUAGCAUGCUUUAUAAUCAUAUAGAGAGCUUUCUAACAAGUGUGUCACAGUGCAUCACCCCAGGAUCCAUUUUCAGACCUGGCAUAAGAUGUUGAAAGCCUGACUCACAUCCCACCACCUUCAUUCAGCAGGGAUAUGAUUUCCCUAUUUGUUCAUUAUCUCGAUAAUCCCAAACCAAGCACACCACACAGCUGUUGACCAUUAUGAAACAAACCUCAACAUCAUGGUCAUGUUAAUAGGUUCUCCAAUCACAAAUGUUUUAUUUAAAGCAACAAACUCACACCCUUAGCAGGAAACCCAAAAGAUAACACUGUUUGGACCUUAA